AUGCAAAGAGAGAGAAGCAGCCGUUUUGAGUCAAAUGCUGUUGGUAGUGCGAGUAGCUCUGCACAACUAUCACAAAUGAUUGUCCGUCGUUCGCCCGUUCUCCGUAGAAGACUACUACUUAAGGAUUUCAGAAAGAGAGCGAUUUAUAUGAUCGAUUGCUCAGUCAUCGCUGAUUUUAUGCUCGGGGUUGCGAGUUCAGCAUGCGGGACUUGA